AAUCCGAUGAUGAUCUUGACGUGUAUCUAUUCAUUUUACCGUACAUCUACUCAUCAUACUCUGGCCGAUCAAGGCAUCCGCAACCGCCUCUCCAGCAUGCUCCAACCAGGCAACCACAUCUAGGUUCAUGACUACCACCUCCUCUCAGUCCUGUGCAUGCUCAGAAGUGCAAUGCAUGCCAGUCCUGUGAGUAGCGUAGGUUGGGAGAGUGGUGAGGAUGUGCAAAUGUUUUUUGAACAAUGACGCCAAGAGUACUGACAUACUACAUACACACCAUCUUCGAGCGACACUUUGUCAAGUGCUCCGUCACCAAGAGUACGCAAGACCCGGCGUGAAUAUUUUAAAUUAUGGUUGAACCUGGUUUGAACGCGAACUGGACAUCGGCCGCACUACUGACAUCCUCAGUAGUACUACUAUUACUGUCUUCACUGCUGUUGCUAUCACUCUCAUCGCCUGGACAAUCAGAAUGGAAUUUGAAGCAUUACCGGUACCCUCAAGCCCGCACCUCAGUGAUGCAAUUUACUACAUGGACUCACCAUGACAUUACAAUGGCAUUCCAAGUUCCGUAAUGAGAUCUGACUUGGCAUCAACUCGACCACCUUCUGUUCGUAGACUUACUCGGCUCCCACCCGCUCCAUUCUUCCGUCGGAUCUCAAAACAAAUGAGAUAUAACUCCCUCGAGGUCAAGACCUCAGUCACUGCUCGUCAAGCA